AUGUCCACUCUGCGAGACAAGUUAUAUGCUGAGCGGCAACUCAAUAAACAUGCUUUUGGAAAUAGGCCAUCCGUAUCUAGAAAUGAAGUUCUGCCAACUUCCAAUGAGGAUCCUACAACUGAGAUGGAACCAAUCCCUAGGCAGAAACAUUUCGCUUUGCUAAACCGAGUGGUUGAUAGCCAGUUUCGUAAAAUUAUUCUAAUAGGAUUAGUUAAUAUCAUUAUACUUGGUGUCUUUGUCGCUGUACUUUUCUUCCUCAUUUUCUUAAAUCACAAAGAUCCGCAUGCAUCUAGUCCUACAAAAAGUUCGACCUCAUCUUACCCCACUACUAACACAAAGCCAACUGUAACUACAACCACAAGUACACGAAAUGCCACAGAUUGCACUCCAACAACCCCUGCAACAUUACUUUUCGCUUAUUCUAAUGAUAUAUUUUCUGGCCAUAUUCAAGAUGCUUGUGACUGGAUAACCGAAUAUUUUACAUCACUGAAAAUAAUCUAUUUCGCAAAUAUUCGAUUUGACACCACUACAGAUGACCCUAUUUAUUUUCAUGCUAACAAAAGUAACUUCACGGUAUCCGUCAACACAUACUUGCCUGAUUCAAGCCUAAGCUUUCCCAGUCAACGUACUGAAAGCAAUGUUUUAAAUGUUAUCAGGAAAUUCCUUUCCCACCAAGAAUACCCAUUAUGCGGUUCUAUACUCUACAUACUAAUGAAACGAUUGCCUAACACCAAAGAUGUCUCUGAUCUCAUCCAGCAACUCCGCGAACUUCACAUUUUCGUGUAUACUGUAACUGACACCAAUUCAUUUGGUGGUACUGAUCAAAGUCUUAUGUGUGAAAUCACUCACGCCACUAAUGGCUUCUGCGACUUUCAAACUACUGAUAUGCGAAAUGAAUAUUAUCAAACUGCUUAUGAGAUCUCCAGGACCUAUCAAUUCGUGUCGCAGAGCUAUCAAGUAUCCGGGCAAGGAGUUAUAAAUGUUCCAUCUUUUGUAAGACCGAAACAGGGGAAUCAAGCUGGGACCAUGUCUCUGGUUAUCACUUUUCAAAAUCAUGGUACCGAUGACAAUCUGAAAUCUGUCAGCUUUUCUAUACUGGACGAUGAAGACAAAGUGGUUAAAUCUGAUCAUUAUAAAUCAACAAAUGGAAAUUCUUUUUUGGAACAUCCUGUACUAAAAAAUGACGUCACUUAUAAAAUAGUUAUCAACUAUGAGUAUGGAGAACAGAGGAAGGAAAUUAUUGAAGUACGGUUUUAUAGCUUUUCUCAACAGCACCACUUAGCCCUUUUCCAUCGAGUUGCCAAUAGUCAAUUACGAAAAAUUGUUCUAAUCGGACUACUCAAUGUUAUUAUUCUCUCCAUUUUUGCCUGUGUGCUAUUAGUUCUCGUUUUCACGGAAGACAAACCGCAUAUCAACGAUAAAGAAGGGUCAUCUACUACUGCAGCUCAAUCGAAAUCUACUGAUGUCGCUCAAUUGACAUCUACAACAGUGAAAUCUUUCUCACCGUCAUAUCCAGAUGCAUGUACUCCAAGAUCGAAGUCAACAUUUCUAUUUGCCUACUCCAACGACCUCCCAUCUGAUUUGAUAGACAAAGCACGUGACUGGAUAGUAAAUUUACUUCCGAAUAGAAGACCCGAGUGCUAUGCAAAUCGUCGAGAAUUAGGCCAGUCAGUCAAGGCACAUAUGCCAAAUUCUACGCUAAAGUUUCCCAGUCGGGCAAAUGGAAGUGAUGUUCUGAAUCUUAUUCGUAGUUUUCUCACCAACGAGGAAUGCCCACUCUGCGGUGCUGUAGUCUACAUUAUAAUGAAACGAUGGCCCAACUAUGAAGAUCCUUCUGAACUCAUACAGCAGCUUCGCCAACAUCAUGUAUUUGUCUACACUAACACAGACACUACACCAUCCGGUGGUCUCGAUCCAAACUUUAUGUGCAAGAUCACGCAUGCAACUAAUGGAUUUUGUGGUUUGCAGUCUAGUGCCAAAAUGGAUGACGACAUUUUUCAUACUGUCAGGCUCAUCAGCAGACCAUUUCAAAUUGUGUCAGAGAGCUAUCAAGUAUCUGGAAAAGGGAGCAAGCGAACCCCAAAGUUUCAAAUUCCUCUCCAAGAAUAUGCAGAUGAUUUUAUUUCAAUGGUGAUAGUAUUUCAGAAUCAUAUACUCGACGACAAUUACAAAUAUAUCAAUUAUACAUUUUUGAACGACAAUCAAGAAGUUGUGUUCGCUCACUAUUUGAAACCGGAACAAAGCAAUACUGACAUAGAACAACGGAGACUGGCUGUAGGUGUUACAUACCAAGUUAUUCUAGAUUAUGAUUAUGGGACUGCACAGGAAGAUUUGAUGGAAAUUAGGCUGUCUAGCAGUAACACAGUGGAUUAUUGGCUCCCACUUCCCGCGCUGUGA